AUGGGCCUCCUAUCCCCGAUACUACUGACUCCAAUUACAGCACGCAGAUUCAAUAACAGGGAAGUUAGUGCAUCUGCAGCGGGCGUGGUGGCGUGGUGGUGGGUGUCUCUCCUCGCGACGGCCGCGGUGCUGCCGACCGCGCGCAGCGUCACCGCCCCGCAGGACCUGGCAGCACUUGUCGCAGUGUGGCGGGGGGUGUACAGCAGCAGCGGGGGCAGCGCGGACGUGCGGGCAUGGCGGCCCUCAGUGGACCCCUGCAAUGAGCGCGCGCCCUUCCCCCUUCAGUGCAUCCCCACCAUGUCCGCCCAGCCCAACCAGCGCAUCAUCUCACUCACGCUCGCAGGGCAGGCGCUGCGAGGCACGCUCAGUGCGGCGGUGGGAAACCUCUCCGACCUGGCAGACUUUACGCUCAGCAAUACAAGGGUGGGCGGCACUCUGCCCCAAUUCCGCAGCUCUACACUAGUUGACCUCUCUAUUCUCAACAGCCCCGUUCAGGGCACCAUCCCCUCACUCUUCGCCACGUCACCGAGUCUCGCCACACUGACCAUUUCCGGCACGAGGGUCAAUGGCAGCAUACCAGAGGAGCUCUUCAGCGCCACCAGCACGCUGCAGUCACUGAAUCUGAGCAACAAUAGCCUUGCCGGGCCUCUGCCGUCCUCUCUGUCUGGCUUGACAUUGCUCACCACUCUCGACCUUGCAGGCAAUGCCCUGUCAGGCCCCCUCCCCUCGCAGCUCGUCCGAUCAGGCCUCUCUCUCAGGCUUUCUCCCGGCAACGCUGACCUCUGCAUCCCAUCUGCUGCUGCAGCUGCUGCUGCUGCUGCCACCACACCCACCACCACCACCCUCCUGCCCAACACCUCCAUCUGCCCAGCCUCCCCUCCUCCCCCCGCCGCUGCUCCCCUCCCCCCGCCCGCCUCCACCCUUCCGCCAGCUGCUGUGGCUGUCAUAGCAGCAGGGGGGGCUGCUCUGGUGGCGGUGCUGCUGGGUGCGGUGCUGUGGAGAGUGGUGGGGAAGGGGAACGGCAAGGGGACGGGCGAGGAGGGACUGAUAGAAGGCGCUGAGGCAGUCCCACGUGCUCGAGAGGUGGCGGAUGGGUUGACGGAGUUCCAGCUGUGGGAGCUGCAGGAAGCAACCGAGAACUUUCACUUCUCGCGCCUCAUAGGGCGGGGCGGGUUCGGCCACGUGUACCGAGGAACCCUCUCUGACGGGUAUGAGGUGGCAGUGAAGAUGCUGCACGCAACACCCGGGGGCGGCCAGGGAGAGGCGGAGUACCGGAUAGAGAUAGAGGUGAUCGGCCACGUGCACCACCGCAACUUGGUGCAGCUCGUGGGGUUCUGCUGUGAGGGGGACUCGCGCCUGCUGGCAUACGAGUUCGUUUCGGGCGGCAGCCUUUCGUCUCGACUCAGAGACAAGAACAACCCAAUGACCUGGGAGCACCGCGUGCGCGUGGCUGUGGGGUCUGCGAAAGGCUUAGCGUACCUGCACGAGCAGUGUGAGCCGCGCAUCAUCCACCGCGAUGUGAAGCCCGCCAACAUCCUGCUGGACGCUGCAGGGGAGGCCAAGAUCGCUGACUUUGGGCUGGCCAAGGUCAUGCCGCAAGGCGUCAACGACAUGACCACCCGCGUGCUGGGCACGUGGGGCUAUGUAGCCCCAGAGUAUGUGGGCAGUGAGCGGGUGGGCGUGGCAGCAGAUGUGUUCAGCUUCGGAGUGGUGCUGCUGGAGCUGCUCUCAGGCCAGUCGCCCCACAACACAGAGGACCUUCUUGAACGGGCCGAGGCAUGUCUCUCAGAGGGAGCACUGGAUUCGUUCGCCGACCUGGCGCUACUAGCAUCUGGCUUCGAUGAGGAGCAGUUCCUGAGGGUGCUGCGCAUCGCCCUGCUCUGCCUCGAGUACAACCCCCACCAGCGGCCCCCCAUGGCCUCCGUCGUGCGCUUCCUCACCUCCCCGCACACACCUCUGCCUGACGAGGACAGCCCGCUAGAGCCCAUCUUGGAGGGCUUGGGGGAUGGUCAUGGCGGUGGCGGCGGUGGUGCUGAUGGUGGUUAUUCCGAGAGCUCUGAUACCAGUGGGGGGUUGGAGGACGGGUGUAUGGCGGAGGAGGGUGGGGGUGAGGGUGGGAGUUGGUUGAAUGGGGGAGGUGGUGAGGGGAAGGAGAAGGGUGAUGGAGAGGAUGAGGUUGCGUUGGGGGAUGGUGGUGGCGGUGCGAUGGGGGAUGGCGUGGAGGUGGUGGUGGAUGAUGUUGAUGAUGGGCAUGAGGGUGAUGCGCGUGGGUCGCACGUGGAAGGGCAGGGGACACUGGCGCUGAACAUGGUUGUCGCGGAGGCGGGGAAUCUCUCCGCAGCAGCGGAGGGCAGUUCGGGGGAGGAGUUUUCCGCAAUGGCGGAGGGCACAGGGGACGCGCAGGUUCCCGCGGAGGGGGGCGAGGGCGGAACGGUGGAGGCUGGGGGGAGCAGCGGCGGGGGUGGGGGGGCAAAUGCGGAAAUGCCAGGGUUUCAGACCCCGCUGGAGCAGCUGUGGCAGCACAUCAAGGAGCUGGCAGACAGCAACCACGCCAUGCCCGUCGUCAGGGCGUGGGAGAGCAACGGCAACACCGUAGACAUGCGCCUGGCCACACAGCUGAUCAAGAAGCUUAAGAACCACCGCCGGCCCAAGCAAGCUGCCGAGGUAGCGGAGUGGUUCGUGCAGCAGCCGGGCUUCCCCCGCCUGGAGGCGGACUACCAGCUGGCGCUCUCUGCUGUCAUCCGCUCGCGCAACGUGGCGGCCGCUCAGGCGCUCUUCCUCGCCUUCCCACAGCCGUUCAGAACGGAGAAGGUGUACCAGCCAGUGUUUGGCCACGUGGCAAGGCGGGGGAGGUUCAUGUCAGUCGAAUCGCAGGUGGACUGGCUGAGGCAGCAGGGCGUGGCAGAGGGCAUCCCGUCGUUCAACGCGCGCCUGCAGGCGCUGCUGGCAGGCAGGCGGCGAUCCGGCAUGGUGGCGGGCAUUGCAGCGAUCAUGGAUGAAAUGCGGAGCAAGGGCUUCACCCCCAUUACAAUCACAUUCAACAUCAUCCUGGCGGGACUCGGCAGGGCCGGGCAGCUCAAAGAAAUGGAGUACUACCUCGGGCAGAUGGAAAAUUACAAUCUGACCCCGGAUCUGGCAACAAUGAACGCGCUGAUCUCAGCUUAUGUCUCCCAUGGGGAGCCAGAGAAGGCACUAGAGUGGGAGAGAAGAUUAAAGACGUCGGGAGCGGGCCCUGACAGAGGCACGUAUGCUGCUAUGCUGAAGGCGUAUGGGCAGAGCGGGCAGGUGGAUAAGCUGGAGGCGACUUGGAGUGAGCUGCUUGCAUCAAAUGUGCCGAUGACAAGGAUGCUGCACAAGGCGCGCAUAGAGGGCUAUGGGCUGGCGGGUGAUGUUGGCAAGGCAGAGCAGGCGUUUCAAGAGCUGAAGGUGCAGCAGGCCCCAGUGACCGAGACGUUCAAUUCUCUGGUAUUCGCCUACGCACACAACCACCUCUUCCCCAAGGCCAAAGACACCAUUCUCCACAUGGACGCAGCCGGCAUGCGCCCCGACGGCAUCACCUUCCUGCACCUCCUCCGCGGCUACCUCUCCGCCAACCAGAUCGACAAUGCAGUUACUACGUUACACGAUGCGGUGGCGGCCGGUGCGCACAGGGCGCGGAUGAAGCUGCCGUUUCACGCGUUUGCGGAGGUGCUGGGGGGGUUUGUGGAGGCGGGGGAGGUGGGGAAGGUGCGAGAGCUGGUGGGGCUCGCACGGACAAUGUAUCGCACCGAUUCAAACCUCUUCAACUCGAUUCUCACGGCCAUUGUGAACGACUGGAGGAGGAGGGGAGCUGGAGCAGGAGUGGAGGCGGGAAGCGGGGAGUUUGCGAGUGAGGUGCGGGGGGUGUUGGAAGAAAUGAAUGAUGCAGGGGUGAAGGCUAAUGCUGCGACAGAGGAGAUCUUGCACCCGCUGGGACUCAGCAAUCUGAUAGACGAGGUUGGGCUUGUUCGGGCGGGCGGGUUUUGA